UGAACGAAAGUAGAGGUACAGAUUACCGUAUCGAUAAAGAGACAUUCAAUUAGAAUGAAACAAUCUGAAAUGCGUAGAACGUCGCAACAAAUAUCGAUCAAACGACACCUAGGCAACGAAUACUGUUGAGGAGAGUUUUUUGCAUGUUCGAGGAGUCAUGUUGAAAUACACUUACGUGAAAACUUUCGUUUAAGAAACUAAAUACUUACGUCGGAUCUUUGCUUCUGUAUCGUCAGUACUAAGUUCAUAAGGACGUGGCAAAAUGCAGGAAGAGUGCGAUUUUCAAGUCACUUUGGAGAAGAAACUAUCGGUUGAAGCCAGGCUCGACGCUGUAGCAAGUAGUACCAAUUUGUCUGAAACAGAAAUGAAAAAAUCGAUACCAGAAGAUUCAUCGGUAGACUUCGAAGUUCUAUCCACCUCGUCAUCCGACGUUCUCACAAAAAUUACUUUAGAAUCGUUGAAAAACGAAAGCACAUCAGACGACCAAGCGAAUAAAUCAACUCUCGACUCUAUACCGGAAGUCGAUAACGAGGACGACUCCAAUUGGCUGUCGUAUUUCGAUUGUAACGCGAUCUUCGAUGUAACCUGUGAAAAUCUGUCUUACUACAAUUCGACGAAAGCUGAAAAAGACAGUGAUAGCGAUAUGGAUGACACUUUGACUUUUGACGAUGCCGAAGAAGGUGAAUCUAUCACUCUGGACGAAAACGAUAGUUGUUGCACCAAGUCUUAUCGCCAGCGAUCGCUUGAAGAAGUUUGUGAAAAGAAGCUUGACAGACUUGACCAAAUGACAGAUAAUAACCAUCCCACUGUGGUCUCUGAUAAAAUUUCUCUGAUCGAGAUAAAUCGCGAACGAAAUAUUUGCAAGGAGACUCGUCAAGAUAUCGCAAGCAAAAACGAUAAAAAUAUCGACUGUGAUUCAGAAGAUCAAACGAUCGAUGAUCGAACUAAGGAAGCAAAUAUAGAAAUGGAGGAGUGUGAAAAACGUAUGGAAAAUCAGAAACAUGAUUUUGUUCACAUCAGUAACGAAGAACUGAUCGAAGAAGCGAACAAGAUGUCAGACAGUUCACAUUUUCUAAGCGACUGGGAUGAUGAAGACGAAAGAAAUUUGGUUUAUUCUUCGCCUAAUGUGAAUAUUUCUGCUUAUUUUAAAUUUAGAGAUAGUAUGAAAGAACCUAAAUUUGAAGCAACUUUGGAACAACCAACUUCUAUAUUUUCGAAUAAAGGAAAUAAAGAGCCAUUGCUUUUGGAAGAAAUUGUCGGAGAAUCUACCGAAAAUGAAAAAGAAGCGACAACGAAUGAAGUAGAAGAUCAAUCUACGAAAGAAUCAAAAUCGGUAGAAGAUUUGGUAAAAAAUUUUACGGAUGAUGUACGUUCAAGUCAAGGACAGGGGAUGAAGUUCGUAGAACUGGGUUCUCCGGAAGAAUAUUUAGAAAAAUUGGCAGAGAUCACGGAAGCAGAUUGUCCAAAAUCCGAGGAGGAAGUUCAGGAAAAGUUGAGAAAAAUCGCCGAGGGGAAAGCAAAGAUAGAAAAUAGGAAAAACGAGGCUUUGAAGGAUCUGUCUGUUGAAUUUAACGAGAUCGAGAAGCUUGUUGCAGAAACGAAAUCUAUCGAACAGUAUAAUAGCGAAUCUGACGAAAGUCUGGACGAAUCGAAGGAAGAGGAUGGCAUCGAGAUGCCUUUGACGAAAGAUCAAGUAGCUGAAAGUUUUAAGAUGAAGAAUACUCAAAAGGAUAUGGAAGACGAGGAGAAACGUCGUGCAGAAUCGUUGAAAGAAUGUCUGCAAGUUAUUCCAAGAAACCCAGAAGAUUUAGAAGAUAUUGUUGAAGAAAAGCUUGUGGGAAAUUUUAAAAAUAUUUCUAAAGAAAAAGUCGAACAAAAGCUUGAAGAUGCUAUGGAAGAAGAGACUAUUAAAAAAAUUAUUGAAGAUAAAAUUAUACAGAAUCUGGAAAAUAUUGUUGAAGAAAAAAGUGUAGAAAAUGUUGAAAAUAUUACUGAAGAGAAAAUUGAAACUGACGAUGCUAUCGAUAAAUCAGGAACUUCGGAAGAAACUACUGGUGAUACAAAAUCAACGUCAGAAACGGCGAUCAGAGGUAUUGUCCAAGAUAUUAUCGAAGACACAGAAGACUCGAUUUUUUGGCAAUUCUACAAACAACCGGAGAGAACGUACAUAAAAGGAAAAGUUUACGAUUUCGACCCCAAGAAACACGGUGUCAGGAUGACAGAGGAGUUUUUGAAGAAGCACUGCAAAAUAAAUAAACUGUACCAAACCCCUCAUCUGAAUGACGUACUUUAUCUUCAUUACAAAGGUUUCUCAUUCAUCGAGAAUCUGGAGAAAUACACAGGCCUAAGAUGUCUAUGGCUGGAGAACAACGGUAUCCGUGAGAUCGCGAACCUGGAGAAUCAGAGCGAGUUGAAGUGUCUUUAUCUCCAUAACAAUUUGAUCAAUAAAAUCGAGAAUCUCGAAUGGUUGACGAAGCUAGACACUUUGAACCUCUCGCACAACACUAUACGGAGGAUCGAGAAUCUCGAUAGCCUCAAGUUCCUGAAUACUCUAAACCUGUCGCACAACUACUUACAAGAUACCAAUGACAUUGAACACCUCCGAUUGCUGGAUAGCCUCUCGGUACUGGAUAUUUCUCACAACAGGAUAGACACCGACGAAGUCGUUAAUGUGAGUCCGUUAUGUUUCCUCAAUCGUGUGGCUCUGGCGUCACUUCGACGGCUGCUUCAGGUGUUCAUGGGACGCCAGUGAUGUAAUUUAAUGUUUUACGAAAGUGGUCGCACGUUUUGUAACACAAACGAUCUCGAGUAAUUUUUUUUUUCUUUCUUUUUUCUAUAUGUUGGAGACACCUAGAGCAGAUUGAGUAAGCGAACAGCAAACACAUGGAAUUUUAUGACUGGUUACGUUUCGCGUGAGAUUUAUGAAUAAUGGGUUGAAGAAUUUUUGUCGAAAACAUGAAUUUAGAGUCUUUUUUAGAUUUAUGAGAAUGAAUUGUACAAUUUUAUACCUAGAUUAUGGGGACAUGGAAAAACAAAUGUCAAAUUUUGUAAUAUAUGUAAAUUUCAGGAAAAUCGGUGUCUAGAAACAUUAAUUGCGAAUUUCUUUUUACAUAGAUUAUAGAAAUAUAGAUCUGAAGGAAAUAAAUUGGAAGGCUUUCUUGUAUAGAUUUUGUGAAAUUUCUUGUAUGUAUAAAUUUUAAAAAUUUAGCUACUUGGAGAAAUAAGAUAUAAACUUGUUAUGUAAAAUUUCGAAAUAUUGUGGAAUAUAGAUCUAAGAAAAUAAAUUGCUAAUUUCUUUACUCAGAUCCUAGGAGAUA